GAAGUUACGUCAGAGGUUGUGAAUUGAGAGGGAUUUUGGUGUGAAAUUCAGGGUGCACGGUUCAACCUCCAAAUACGUUUCGACUGUUUUUGUUCGCCUUUACAUUAGAAUCAAAUUCACAGGGAAGUCAAAUACAAUGCAUAAAACACAGAAAUGUCAAACAGGGUACUUCUAUUAAGCAUUUAGAGGCGUUUUGCUUUCUAUAAACUAGCUAUGAACGUGUUCCAUUGUUUGCUACCCAGGCAAUUGCUAACUAGCUAGCAAGCGUAGAGCUUUUGAUUAGCUGAAAAAACACAAAUAAAGCGGCAUCACGUUUUUGACCAGUCAAGUGACUAGCGCAAAAUGCCGGAGAUAAAACUCAAGCACGUAGUGUCUUGCAGCACCGAAGACAAUACUCACAAGGCUGACAACCUGCUGAGCUCAGACACAUACAGAAAAUGGAAAGCAGCAAGGCCAGGGGAGAAACAAACCUCAGUCAUUAUACAGUUUGAGAAAGAAGAGCAGGUGUACAGCAUAGACAUUGGAAAUGAAGGGUCUGCUUUUAUCGAGGUGCUGGCGGGACACUCAACCUCUGUCAAAGACCAGGACUAUGAGGUUUUGCUGGUCACGUCCUCCUUCAUGUCCCCCACGGAUAGCCGUAACGGCACCAACACCAACCGCGUGCGCUUCUUUAGCCCUAACCAGCUGGUGAAGGCUCACGCCCAGGAGAAGUGGGACCGCGUGAAGAUUGUGUGUAGCCAGCCGUACAACAAGAGCAUAGCAUACGGAGUGGCCUUCGUGAAGUUCCAUUCACCACCAGACAAAAGUGAUCCACCAACCACAACACCGAAGUUGACCAAGCUGGGCCAGUUCCGGGUGAAGGAUGAGUCCCCCUCGGCUUGCCCCAGUCUACAGCCAGGCAGCCUCUUCUUCAACAGAGAGAGCACCUCCAAAGCCAGCCCAGCGCUCAAGGUUUCGCCACAGACUGAGAAGCUCAGCUAUGCAGGUGCCGCCCUGCAGUCUGUGUCUGGCCACUCCUCAGCCCCACCAUCCUCCAACUCUCCCCCACCACAGGCAGCAGUGAAGAGGAAGUUUGAGUUCACUAAAGAGCGCCAGACUGCCCUCGCUCCACCCCCCUCAAAGAAACCCAGCCCUAUGGCCUCUCCUGAACGGGGCACUACCACCCCCAAACCCAAGGCUAAACCCAGCUCAGCCAGUACUCCCAGCCCCAUUGCUGCCAAAGUCUCCCCUGCCCAGAAAACCCCAGACACCAAGAAGAAAGAGAGCCUGUCCAAACCAGAAGCCAAGCCCAGACCCAAACCCUCCAAAGCCCAGUACAGCUCCUCCGAGGCCACCGUUCCCCUUAACAAGAUCAUGGAGGGGGUGGUGUUUGUGCUGAGCGGCUUCCAGAACCCCUUCCGGGGGGACCUGAGGGACAAGGCCCUGGCCAUGGGGGCCAAGUACCACUCUGACUGGACCCCUGACGCCACACACCUCAUCUGUGCCUUCUCCAACACCCCCAAGUACAGCCAGGUGAAGUCAGCAGGGGGCGUCAUCGUCCGGAAGGAGUGGGUGCUGGACUGCCACAAGAGGAAGCAGAAGAUCUCCUUCAAACGGUACCUGAUGGACGGAGCGGAGUCCAGCUCGGAGAGGAGCGACGUAGAGGAGGAUGAAGAGAGUGAGGAGGAAAAAGAGAGGAGGACUCCACAAAAGAGGAGAGAAGAAGAAAGGCAACCCACUCCCAGAAAGACCCCCAUCAAGAAAGAGAAGGAGGAUCUGUAUGGUGGCUCCACAGACGCAGAUGAACCAGAAGAUGAGUCUGGCAUGGACACGGAGGACGAGCUGAAGAGGGUGGAGAGCGCGAGUCGGCAGAAGGAAGGAGAGAAGGAGAGAAAAGGAGUGAAGGAGGAGGACCCUUUUGGAGGGUCGACGGACGAGAACACUGACGCUGAGGCCGAGGAGGACAAGCCCAUCCCUGAGUUACCAGAUUUCCUAACUGGAAAGCGAUUCUUCCUCUACGGCAAGUUCCCCAACAAUGACAGGCGCCUACUCCUGCGGUACAUCAUCGCCUUCAACGGGGAGGUGGAGGACUACAUGAGUGAAAAGGUCCAGUUUGUCGUUACCAGCGAGGGAUGGCACGACUCCUUUGAAGACGCACUGAUGGAGAAUGGUAAUUUAAGCUUUGUCAAACCCACAUGGAUUUUUGCCGUCAACGAUCGACAGAAGAUGCUGCCGUAUCAGCCCUACACUGUUGUCCCUUGAGACUUGCAUUUGCUAACAUGCUCUCAGACACACACACACACACACACACACACACACACACACACACACACACACACACACACACACACACACACACACACACACACAACAGUAUUGUACCUGUCCAAAGGGUAGGAGAGGUCUACAUUGAAGCCAUAGACACGAGCUCUUCUCAGAUCCUCAGGUAAAUGAAACCAAGCCUGUGCCAUUUUGGUACAAAUGCCUUAACUUUACCUGAAGCCAUCCAGAGAGCUGGAUGAAAUGGUUUCCUUAACUGAGAUGGUAUAUCUUCAUAGACUUAUCAUUACCGGUGCACAAAAAUAACUCCCCUAUCUGUCUCUCUUUUAGGGCUUUUAAAACUACAUUUCUCUGCUUCACCUCCACUACCUCAGGGUCUAUGUGGAAACUUCAGUUAUCAUUCAUGUCCUGAAAAGCCACUGGCUUUGAUAGAGGGGGGGGUGUAUUAGUGUUAGGAGCAACAUAAAGAGUCCUAGGUGUAGCCGGAAUGGCACCCUAUUCUCUAUAAAGAACCCUAUGGGCCCUGGUCAAUAGUAGUGCACUACAUAGAGAAUAGGGUGCUGUUUACACACAUAAAGGUGUUUGUUAGUUAUUUAAGGUCACUGACACUCGAUGUCAACAACUACGUAAUAUGAAUAGAUAAGAAGGCCAAUGUCUUUGUUGCUAGGUAGGAAUAUGAAAUGGGCUUCAAGGAUUGGUUGGUAUUCCUCAUUUUAUUAUUUUAUUUUUCAGCAAGUCCACUUUGGCCAAGUACAUGGGAUUGUAGUGUAAUUUGUAGCAUGUAGUGCUGUAGAAUUAUGUGUACUUUUGUUUUAUUCAAGUUGUAUGCUGUUUGAAUUGUACACAGAGACUAUUGUGUGCAAAAGUGUGAUGAACCAAUAAGUCCUGUUUUUGCAUGGUUAUUUUUGGAAGUAUGUGAUGUGUGUUCAUCAUCCUUACUUUUCCCGUCUAGAUUCGACUUGUUUUUUUACAGUAUCUUAGCUUUGCUUUCAGAUUCUUCCCCCCCAAAAUAAAUAUUUGAUCAAUUAAAAUAAUGGAUUUUUUAAUUAA